UACCCGAACAGGUAUUACCCGAUCCGAAUCGCACUUAAUAUGAGACACAUAUUAAUAUUGAGAUCCACCCGUUUGCCAUCACUAUGUUACAUUAACAUUUCAGGAAUCUUUUUUCCGUCAAAGGUGCAGUCUUGUUAAACCAAAACCGGGAUUUUGACAGUAGAAUUAAUACACUGAGAGGUGGUGGCUUUCAAAAACUUGGAACACAUUAAAUGAAACAUAACAUAUACCUCCAAAUCCAAUUGUGAGACUGAGAGUUAUUUCUUCGACCCUUCCUUCCCCUCCCUCCAGCUUCCCCGAACCAGCCCUUGAAGUCACCAUUAGUAAGUCUCUGCCCAACUUUAACCGGAAAAUUCUUUGUUUGGACAAUUCCAGUACUUUGGAAUUUUGGAUUCAUGGAGUCAAAGGCACCAUCUUUGAUUUUUCAAACUCCCUCUGCCCCACCCCCACCCCUUAUUUAAACUCCCACCCUCCACUUGAGCUGCUCUGAUCCAUCCAUCCAUUCCUCCAUCAGUUUCAGUUUCAUCAAUCAAUUUCUGCUUGCCCCUGCCAACUACUUUUCUUCUCAUCCAUUCAGCUUAGCUUCGUUGAACUCCAACACAACACAACACAAGGUGAGGAAAUUUAAUUAAUGCCUUCCCUUCCUAACCUAAUUUACUGCUAGCUACCUUGAUCAGCUGAUGAUUGCCUGUGAUCAGUCGUCUGUCUUAAUUUCGUCUUUUGCCUCCUUUCUUUUGGGUUGUGUUCUCUACUUCUCUUUAUGUUUGCUAGAAUGCUUCUUCUUCUUCUUCUUCUUAAUCAUCUUCAUCAGUUUUCCUCUCCAAGAUUGUUCCCUCCCCCGAUCGAUCACUCUUGUCAGCACAUGCACCCUAGCUAGUGAAACAUUGAAAUACACUAUCUUAUCUGGGUCUGCUUAAUUCCUUCCUGUGAUUGAACAUUGGAGUGGAAGGCCAAGCUUGUGUUCUGAGUUCUAUCGAGUUGACCGAAAGCAGGGUAGUAGUGGUUGGUUUCCAUCGAGUUGAGUCACCGAGUCAGAACUGAGUUAGUUAGUUCAUCUCCUCCUGAGAUGGAUCUCGACCGUCAGAUAAUUUCGUCGUCGGCGUAACUCCUCUCAUCUACUCUUCUCCCAGUCGCUGUCUCGCGUCUGUGUAGUGUUUGUUUCUGUAAUAUUUAUUUCGUUUGCCUGCCCUCUUUCUCCCACCACCCUCCAUGACCAGUCCUUGUCUGGCGGCUUUCUGUUCUCUGUCAUUUUUGUUUGACAUUAUUGUUUAAUGUAUAUACGUUUCUUUGCGACGUACGGAUUGCUAUUAUUAUUGCUAUUAUUUUAUGAAUUCGGGUUUGAUAUUAUUAAAUUAACUACUGGUUGGUUCGUAUUUUUUUAUAUAUAUGGAAAUGGUCAUUUCCUUCCCACUUCGUUGACAAGUAGCCAAACGACAAAAAAAAGUAGCCAAAAACUCAACGACAUCUGACUGAAAUAUAUAAACAAAAUAGUCAUUUAAUUUAUCGCUUGUACCCAGUCCCAAAGUACUGCUUUGACACUUCAACAAAACAGUUACCACCGAAUCCCUCCCCUUGUUUCGCCCCAAAUUGGGCAGAAACCAACAAAAAUUUACGUAAUAGUUUUCUCGAUUGUCGUGUCAGAUAAUAAUAAUACUAUUAUUAUUGUCAUAUUUGUUUUGCGUGAUUGGUCUCUGUUGACCCAUUGUAUCGUAUGUUCUCGGUCUAGAUAUUGAUGCAUUAAUUUAAUUGUUUUUGCAUGGCUUUGGGCUUUUGGCAGAUAAUUAAUAAGGUUUAGCCACACCAUUAAACGGGAUGAUCGUGGUGAGGACCCCAAGCUUCGGAAGGUUAGAACAUGCAAAGAAACCUCUUGCUGCUCUCACAGCCAAAAACAACAACACCAUCAUCAUGGCCAACAACCACCCCCAGGUUCUUCUGGGAAGGUCAAUGAGUUUCAAGGACUGGGAGGAGGAGGAGGAGUGCAUUGACAACAACAACAACACCAACACCAUCAUGACCAAGAAGAAGCAAACCUCGUCGUCGUCGUUAGUUCACGAAGCGAUGAGCAUAAAGAAGCCGAGCAUUGUGGUCCCCGAGCCGGUGGUGUUCUUCUCCCCGCGGCCGGCCAGCGAGCUGGACGCCGCCGCGACGACGGUCCAGAAGGUGUACAAGAGCUACCGCACCAGGAGGAACCUGGCCGACUGCGCGAUCGUCGCCGAGGAGCUUUGGUGGAAGGCGCUGGAUUUCGCCGCCCUGAGGAGGACCUCCGUGUCCUUCUUCCACGGCGACAAGCACGAGACGGCCGUCUCCAAGUGGUCCCGUGCGGCCAAGAGGGCCGCCAAAGUUGGCAAGGGGCUCAUGAAAGAUGGCAAGGCGCGGAAGUUGGCGCUGCAACACUGGCUCGAAGCGAUCGACCCACGCCAUCGAUAUGGACACAAUCUCCACUUGUACUACGAUGUCUGGUCUGGCACCAAAAGCACCCAGCCUUUCUUCUACUGGUUGGAUAUAGGAGACGGGAAAGAGGUAAACCUGGGGAAAUGCCCGAGGGUCAAUCUGCAGAAGCAAUGUAUUCAGUAUCUUGGGCCGAAAGAGAGAGAAGCUUAUCGAGUGGUUGUGGAGGACGGGAAGCUGGUCUACCUCCAAUCAGGAACGCCAUUGACCACGAGCGAGGAGUCAAAGUGGAUAUUUGUGCUGAGCACAACCAGGAACCUGUACGUCGGGCAGAAGAAGAAGGGCAAAUUCCAGCACUCCAGCUUCCUCUGCGGCGGGGCCACAACUGCCGCCGGAAGGCUCGUCGCCCACCACGGCGUUCUCGAGGCAAUCUGGCCGUACAGUGGGCACUACCUCCCAACAGAGGAAAACUUCAAGGAGUUCAUCGGCUUCCUCGAUGAACACAGCGUGGAUUUGACCAACGUCAAGAGGUGCUCAAUAGACGAGGACAGCAUAUCGAUCAUUCCAGAAGAACACAAAACAGAAGGGGAGUCGGCGGCAGAGGUGACGGAGGAGGAGGAGGAAGGAGUUGUUGAAGGGAAAGAGGCAGAGGAAGCAGAAGCGGCGAUGGCGGUGGUGGUGGAAGAAGCGAAGGCGGGAAUGUUUGACGCGUCGAGGAGGCUGUCGUGCAAGUGGAACAGCGGAGUUGGGCCGAGGAUCGGGUGCGUGAGGGACUACCCGCUCGAGAUGCAGUCCAGGGCCCUCGAGCAGGUCAACUUGUCUCCCAGGCCGAGUCCAGAUUACUCACACAAUCGGCCCAUUCCUUCCCCGAGGCCCAGCCCAAGGAUUCGACUCUCCCCUCGGCUUGCUUACAUGGGCCUUCCUAGCCCAAGGGUUUCCGUCGCCUCUGCCUAAUAGUUAAGCUUCUCUCUUCCUGCUACAACUAUCUUCCCUCGUUCAACGCCUCUUGCUCUUUUGUUUCUCGUUUCUUUAAUUCUUUCCUUCUUUUUUUUCCUUCUUUUGUCUAACUUUCUAGAUUGUUCCUUAAUUCUUUUCCUCCCUUUAUCGAUAAUGAAAUCUUGAUAAUAAGAUGUAUAUUAGGGAUAAAAGGUGUCCUAGUUCUAGGGAGCUUCUAUUACUUGUAACUCAAGUAACUCAUGUAAUCCUGGUCUUAGUGGUGUUGCUCUUUGUUGUAAUCUCGAGUUAUAAAUACCCUACAGCUUCCUAAUAAUACAAACCAGGUUCAAACUUUAUUGUGGUACAAAGUCUUAUUGUGUGUUAGAACACAAAAAUCCACAUAUCAAAACCGAGAGAUGUUAUGUUCUCUCUUUACCCUCAAUAUUCGGUCCUUUGAUUGCUUUGAACUCUAAAUCUGUGAGCUUCGCUCGUCGGCGCAUCAUAAAAUAGCAAAAUCGGUGGUAUUACCAUUGAGUCAAACCCUUGAGACAGAGGAAACUUAGAGAAGAAAUUAGGGCUAUAGCCCAAGGAAUUGGCAAUGCAAAACAAGUUCUUACAAAGAGGCAGUGCAAUAGGAUAUGUAUGAUGGCGUUGCAAUUGAAAUGCUAAUGAAAUAUGGAUCGAAAG